AUGUCGAUUAGUAGCCAAAUUGUUACAUGGGCUUUUGCCAAUCCAGUUCUGUUGGCAAUUUGCGUCAUUGGAGCUCUUUUGGCCAUGUUAGUGGCUCGACUAGCGUCAAAAUUAAAACCAGGUCCCAACCCCUUUGCUGAGGACUGUGCCCGCCCUCCCGCCCCGGUGGUUUCCGACAGCUCUGCUAGAGACAAAGUUAUUAAACAAGGGUUCACCCCUCAGAGGGUGCCUAAAGAUCUUGAUGCCAUAGUCAUAGGGAGUGGUAUCGGUGGUCUGUCCAUCGCAGGGAUCCUAGCUAAGGUUGGCAAGAAGGUCCUGGUCCUAGAACAACAUGACCAGGCCGGGGGAUGCUGUCAUACCUUCACAGAGAAGGGAUAUGAAUUUGAUGUGGGUAUUCAUUACAUUGGUGAGAUGGCAAACAACACCAUCACCCGGAUCUACAUCGACCAACUGACGGAGGGCCAGCUCACGUGGGAUCCCAUUGACAAGAACUUUGACACGGUGGUCAUCGGCGACGGCAAAAACAAGAAGUUCUAUCCGAUGCAAUCUGGGAGUAAGGAUUGGUUCCGUAAUUCUCUGAUGUCAUUGUUCCCUGAGGAAGAGGCAGCCAUUGAUAAGUUCAUCUUUUAUAUGAAGGAACAGCGAAAACACAUGCAGACUGCUUUCUUGCUCAAGAUUCUACCGAUGAGCAUUUGUCAGCUGUUGAUAUCCACAGGAAUGAUCAGUGCUAUGACCAAGUACUUUAAGUAUGCUGAGAUCUCUCUUCAGCGUUUCCUAGACAGUGUCACUGAGAACAAAGACCUGAAGGCUGUCCUCUCAUAUUGCUUUGGGGAUUAUGUGGAGUUCGAAAAACAGAAGAGAUCGACAAACCACGGCGACUACGAAGAGGCGACGAUUACGACGAAGAACAUGUCGAUGAUCGACGACAACGAAGAACAAUUAUGGGACGAUGAAAACGCGACGCACAUCAGCGAAGACACGUGUCCUUGA